AUGGCAAAGGCAAGCAAAUCAUCCACCAAGACCACUCCCUCCAAGGGCAAACCCACCCAAGCGAAGAAGGCCAAAGGUGGACCUACCAAUAUCGAGAAGAUAUUGCAAGCCGUUGCAUCGUUGCAUGCUUUGGGCCAGGCGAAGCCCUGCAAGAAGCAAGCACAAGCCAUGGCCGGAAUUCCCGACAAGAAGACUUUUGAUACCUACUGUGGCACGAUGAAAAACAAGAAAGGAUUGAUUGUCUACGACAAGGAAACGAUUGAACUUACCGAGAAAGGACGUGAAGAGGUUGGACCGGCAGCUCUGGAAGUUGCCGCGACAAACGAUGCCAUGCAUGACAAGAUCAAGGAGCAGCUCAAGAACAAGAGAUCCCGAGAGAUCUUUGAAAUUUUGGCGGAUGGACGCGCAUGGUCCAAGGACGAGCUUGCGGAUAAGAUGGGGAUUGAGAACAACAAGAGCUUUGGGACCUAUCUUUCGGCGCUGAGCAAGUACACGGAGAAGACGAAAGACGGGAAAUACGCACUGAAGGACGAAGUGUUCCCAUUUGGUCGUCCUUGCGAUGAGUGA